AGCCCAACCCAGAAACCGUCACACCCUCAUCGCAACUCCCAAGCCAUCAUUCCUCUCUCUAGUGGUCUCUCAACAUCACAAGGCAAGUCCCUCGGAACAGAGUUCAUAUUGUGUUUGUAUCUCUUUGCUUCUCCAACGGUCUACUCCUUGGCUUCUUCUACCCAUGGCCUCGUCAUUAUCAUCGUUACUACCAUGUCCUCUGUUCUUUCUCUUCCUUCUCUGCAACACCUCUCUUCUCCUUGUUGUUGGUGGCCUGAACAGCGAAGGCACAGCUCUCAUAUCCUUCAAAGCAGGCAUCAGGGACGACCCCGCUGGCUCCCUGCGAAACUGGAACUCCUCCGACCAGGAUCCCUGCUCCUGGAAUGGGAUCACAUGCAGGGGAGGCUCAGUGGCUGCCUUAAGCCUGCCCAAGAAGAAGCUGGUGGGCUACCUCUCCUCUGCUCUUGGUUCCCUCCGAUCCCUCAGGCACGUCAACCUCAGGAACAACAGGCUCUUCGGCAGCCUCCCCGCCAGCCUCUUCGCCGCCCGGCAGCUUCAAAGCUUAGUCCUUUACGGGAAUUUCUUGUCCGGUUCACUCCCGCCGGAGAUUGGCGAGCUUUUGUACCUCCAAAGCUUGGACCUUUCCGGCAACUUGUUCGCCGGCCCGAUACCCAGCUCUUUGAUCCACUGCAAGCAGUUGAAGGCCCUCGUCCUGAGCCACAACAACUUCACCGGUUCCUUGCCCCUUGGAUUUGGUGGCAGCCUUGCAGAGUUGGAAAAGCUUGAUCUUUCUUACAAUGGAUUCAGUGGCCCGAUUCCGACUGACGUCGGUAAUCUUACUAACCUUCAAGGAACGCUGGGUUUGUCCCACAACAGGUUCUCUGGCUCAAUCCCGCCGAGCCUCGGCAAUCUGCCGGAGACGGUCUACAUCGACCUCACCUAUAAUAAUCUCAGUGGGCCGGUGCCGCAAAAUGGUGCUCUGGAGAACAGAGGACCGACGGCUUUCAUCGGAAAUCCUGGCCUUUGUGGCCCGCCAUUGAAGAACUCGUGUCCUCCCGAAGUGCCAUCGUCAAACCCCUUCCGUCCCAUCAAUUACUCACCUCCGGCACUCGAGGGAAAUAGCACGCACAGCGGAAGCAGCAGCAGCAGACUGAGUAACGCUGCAGUGAUCGCAUUUGUGGCGAGUGAUGUGGUCGGAAUUGGUCUGAUUGCAUUGGUGUUCUUUUAUUUCUACUGCAAGGCAAUUGCUUCAGUUGGGACCAAGGAAGAUGGAGAGACUUCUGAGAAGAGGCCAAAGGGCAGGAAGGAAUGCAUGUGCUUUAGGAAGGAGGACUCUGAGACCUCACCGGACAGUAUCGAGCAUCAUGAGCUAGUGUCACUAGAUAGGAAUGUGCCAUUUGAUCUUGAUGAACUUUUGAAGGCAUCGGCAUUUGUUUUGGGGAAAAGUGGGAUCGGUAUCGUCUACAAGGUUGUGCUGGAUGAUGGACUGACUUUGGCUGUAAGGAGGCUGGGGGAAGGAGGAUCACAAAGGUUCAAAGAGUUCCAAACCGAGGUGGAAGCGAUUGGAAAGGUCCGACAUCCUAAUAUUGUUACUCUAAGAGCUUAUUACUGGUCGAUCAACGAAAAAUUGCUCAUCUAUGAUUACAUUCCUAAUGGCAACCUUUCUGCCGUGAUUCAUGGGAAAACUGGAACAAGGAAUUCUACACCACUAUCAUGGGAAGUACGCUUGAAGAUCAUGAAAGGAAUAGCAAAGGGUUUGGCUUUCCUGCAUGAAAUUAGUCCAAAGAAAUAUGUUCAUGGAGAUCUCAAACCGAACAAUGUACUACUCGGACCGGAUAUGGAACCUUACAUAUCAAAUUUUGGGGUUGGACAUCUGGCUAACAUAGCAGGAGGAUCUCCAUUUCUGCAAUCAGACAGAAUAGCUGUUGAGAAAAUUCAAGGCCAACACUCAGAUGUUGCAUUCGGUCCCAUCAUGAGUAAAGGAUCAGGUUAUCAGGCUCCUGAGGCGUCGAUGAUGCUGAAACCAUCUCAGAAGUGGGAUGUUUACUCGUUCGGAGUAAUCCUAUUAGAACUUAUUUCCAGCAGGUCUCCACUUGUUCUUCUGGAGACGGUGGAAAUGGAUUUGGUUAGUUGGUUUCAUCUAUGUAUCGAAGAGAAGAAACCCCUCUCAGAUGUGUUGGACCCUUUUCUAGCUCAGGAAUUGGAUACAGAAGAUGAGAUUAUCGCGGUGCUGAAAAUUGCUCUGGUUUGUGUUCAAGCUAAUCCCGAAAAGAGGCCAUCAAUGAGGCAUGUCACUGAUACUCUCGAAAGAUUGAUCAACAGAAACUAGUGGUGCGCGCAAGGACCAUGAAAACUGCAGUCUGAAUCCAAGAAGUGAUCGCUUUCUCCAUUUCUUGCAUUGUUGAUCAUUCUCUGAGUUUUCUGCAAAGAUGCUGUGUUUCCAAGUGCCAAUCUGUUAAAUCAUUGGAGUGUGCCACCAUGAAAGAAGAAUGUUAACCAAGCCAGGUGAGGGCUUUGCUGUUCAUUAGCUCAAAUCUGAGGCAUAUCUU